AUGGACAUAGAUAAAAGUACCAUACACCUCACGCUAGAUGGCGAUAUCAGUGCUUCUCAUGUCAUGUUCUGUGCAUGUUUUGUUGUUCUGGGCCAUACGUGCAUAAGAAGUUUCCACUUAAAAGGUACGUCGAAUUUCAAAAGUAUCGAGCACGACCUCUUUGACGGUGCGAUACAAAUAUUCUUCAUCACAUCAGGAAGCCUCAUUCAUCUAAGCGCAGAUAUUGAGGUAAGCGGUCAUCAUCAUUUAUCAAAUAUUGAACCAAUAGGUGAAAAAAUCCUUUUGAAUUUGUUGAUUGUCUUUUACCAAAAGAGUAGACUGCAUAAAAACAAAAACAAAACGAACUAUGAUAAGGAACGAAGAGUGGUUACAAGUAUUGAGCAAUAUCUGUCUGUGCCUCGAUAUAAUUCUAGUAUUUAUAGGAAAAAUAACAGAGCUGUAUCGAAAAAAAACAAAGUUACAAGUGAAGGAUCAUAUGAUACAAAGAGGCAGGGAGAGGAAGGAGUUCUUUCUGGAUCGAUAAAGAAGGGAGGAGGUACAGAUAAGGGAGAUUAUGAUAAAAACAAAGUCGCUUUCAAGGAGGACGUGCAAGAGCCUCAAUCAGGCCAUAUGAAGAGAACGGAACAUCUAGUCCCUGGGAAAAGCGAAGAUAAUAGAGAAAAGAAAAGAGACGUAACCUAUGGAGACUUUAUGGGUUUGACACCAAGGCGCGUAGACUCUCUGAAGGAAAUUGAGAUCCACAGGUUAAGAGAAGGAAUCAUAGGCGUAAAGGAAGGAGCAGCAAUACUGAAGACAGAAAGUAUCACAGUAUCUAGUCCUACUGGCGGACAACCCCAGAAGGAGACACUCAACACAGAACAUACUCAAACUACAUUAUCAAAUACAGUUGAAUUCAAAAAAGAAGAUGAGUAAAGUAAAUAAUAAGAAAAAAACAAAACGGGAAUACUGUGGAUGGACCUCAGAAGAUAU